CGUACCGGGCAGCUUCGGGCGUCGUCUCUUCCGCAGCAGUGAGGACUGAACGCACCGAAGGCCAACGGUCGUGUCCUCUCCUCCACCACACCAUCAGCGGGCAGCAGGUUCGGAAUAAAAAUUUUAUUAUUGAUAACAGAGCCACAGCACAUUUAUAUCAUAUUUUAAUCUGUCUAGUAUACUUAAGAGAUUGAGUGAGUGUUUACAUUAAUUUUCUUUUGUUUUGGAAUUGUAGAAAUUCGCUUAUGUGCUGUACCCUAAUCCCUCCAAUAAAUAAAUUCUUAUGAGAUUAAAGAGCAAAAAAGGAUCGAAGGAAAUUUUGUCAUAUUAAGUAUAGCCUCGCAUACAGUAAAUUAAGGGUCUCAUACGAUUAACAACGCAAAAGAUUCGCCCACAGUUCGAAGCCUAUUCUCCCAGAAGAACCCAGUUACACGCCCCUGACACCGUUGAGGUGUUUAAAACCCUUUUUUCCGGCAACCAACAAGUGCCAGGAUCAUGAGAGGUGAGCUGUCAUGAAUGAGUGUGGUCGCGUGGAGCACCCCGGGCGCCAGGCUGUUCCUCGGCGGUGAGACGGGCGGCGGCAGCGGGGCGGACACCCAGACGGACGACAGUGAGGAGCCGGACGAGUCACCUCGACCAUAGGCCUACGCAGACGCGCUGGUGGACCGGCGGAGGGUCUCGAGUGAGGGACCCCGGGAGUGAAGUGGCGCAGCCAGCACCCAUGCCGGCCCCGCGGGUCCUAACCCCUUACACGGAGGGCCUAUCACAGCAGCGGACGGUUCAAGUUUUUGCAGAGAUGGAUGCCAACAUCACCCUGCCUUGCAACCUCAUGUCUCAUGACCCACCGACGUCCGGUUACUUUGGCGUACGAGUCAAGUGGACCAAAGUGGCAGAAGACGAGUCGAGCUUGAACGAGGACGUGCUGCUCUCCAUGGGAUUCCACAAGAAGACCUACGGAAACUUCCAGGACCGUGCGUUCUUGCAGGAGGGCGACAGCGAAGACGCCUCUCUCACCAUAACCAGUGUGUCACUGGAAGACACAGGAACGUACCGCUGUGAGAUCAUCAAUGGGAUGUCAGACGGCGUGCAAGAGAUUACUCUGGAGGUGACGCACGCUUUCACCAUGGGUGUCAUAUUCCCAUGCCAGCCCAACCAGAAACGCUACAGCUUGAACUUUGAGGAUGCCCAGAAGGCCUGUCUGGAUCAGGAUGCUGUGAUGGCCUCCCUUGAGCAGCUGAUGGAGGCCUGGAAGGAAGGUCUGCACUGGUGCAACGCAGGCUGGCUGAGUGAUGGCUCAGUGCAAUACCCCAUCAUUAACCCCAGAGGACCCUGCGGAGGUUCCAACAACGGGCCAGGCAUCAGGAACUAUGGUGUUCGUGAGAAAAUGAUUCACACUUAUGAUGUGUACUGCUUCGUGACACCACUGAAAGGUAAUUUCUACUGGUUGGUCCAACCCGACAGGCUGACCUUCAAUGAGGCUGUGCAGGCCUGUGUAGAUGACGGUGCUAUGAUAGCCAAAGUGGGACACAUGUUUGCCGCCUGAAAGCUGGAGAACUACGACCGCUGUGAUGCUGGCUGGUUGGCUGACGGAAGCGUCCGCUACCCCAUCUCCAGGCCCCGCAAGAACUGCAGCCCCAUAGAAAGUGCAGUUCGGUUGGUUGAAUUCCCAGAUAAGACCCAGAAGUCUUAUGGUGUGUACUGCUACAAGGCAGACCAGUAAGACUGGUACACUAAAAAGACAAUUAUAUACGUGAUUUUUGCCACCACACAACAUUUUUAAAAGAAUGAUCUAUGUUGGUGAACAGUGUCUGAUUUGGCAGAAAUACUUCUAACCCAAAAUCAAAAGCUAUAAUUCAUCAUUCGACCAGUAAUUCAUCCGUCCGGAGACAUUUUCUCAUUGAAAAUCAGAAAUCCUCAUUGAAACCACAGCGGAAAAAAAAGUUUUUAAAAUAAUUUUGUCUCUUCUUUUUUUUUACUAUUUUUACUAACACACUACUUACAGCAGAUCCAUGUGGUAUUAGGAUGAUGGAUAUAUAAAAGUUAUAAAGGCUCAACUUCAAAAUGAGAACAUGGAAAUGUGCAUGGAACAAAAGUGAAGGUAUUUUGUAUCAUAUCACAAUGUACCUCUAUCAACAAAACAGUGUGAAAAAAGAAAUAAAUGCCUGUUUGAAAUACUCAUUGUUUCCAUAAAUAAACAUUUUCAAAUUCAAUGAAGGGCCACACAGUGGAAGGCUGGUUAGUGCGCUAGCUACUCCUGUUUCCUUACACGAUUAAAUUUCCACUCUCAAACGUCGACCCUAAGCUGGAAUGGAGUGUGAACUUUUUUUUACCUGCCUGUGAGCCAGUGGUAAAGAGAACCUGGUCUGUUGUAAGAGGGUCACAAAUUAGAAACUCACCUUAGCUAUGGCGAGCUGAGCAUGCUGCCCUCAGGAGCAGGUCUUAGAACGGGUUAGGCCAGGGGCCUGAUGUAUCAAAGUUGCGUAAGCACAAAAAAGGUUCUUAAAGAAAGACCAUAGAACCUCUAAAAAUUAUCAUUAUACGAUUAGAAUUAGGAAAUAUACCAGGACCAACAGAAAAAUUAAGGAAAGUCUUUUAGGACUGUUGAUGACUCAUAAUCUAAAACACACACCAAAAAGAGGUUUUGCACAAUUCAAACCUAUUGUGAUAAAUAGAUGCAAAGAUGAGUAUAAGAUGAGAUAAGAUAAGAUACAGAUAAGCAGUAAACACUGUAUUAGUAAGAUGAAUGGGUAAGUAGAGGCUUCGAGUAUAAAUACACACAGUAUAGAAUAAAUGCAGUAUGUAUAUACAGACAGUGUUUGGGUAUUGUAGGAUAAUUAAUGUGUAAUGUGUGUAAUGCAGUGUUUGGGUAUUGCAGGAUAAUAAUAGAGUUUAGCUGUUGCUGUAGAGUGUGAUGGCCUGUUGCAGGAAGGAUUUCCUGUAUCUGUCCCUAUGAUAGCGGAGCUGGAGUAGCCUGUGAGAAAAGGUACUCCGUUGUCUGUCUACAGUAUGAUGGAGAGGGUGCUCAUCGUUGUCCAUGAUGGCUAAGAGUUUGUUCAGUGUCCUCCUCUCCACAACAGUCUCAAAGGCCUCAAGUCUGAGACCAAGAACAGAACCAGCCUUGCUGAUGAUCUUGUUGAGUCUGUUAGUGUCGCUGGCUCUGAUGCGGUUUCCCCAACACACUACCGCAAAGAAAAUGGCACUGGCAAUAACAGAUUGAUAGAAGAGCUCUAACAUCUUGCAGCACACGUUGAAGGAUCUCAGCUUCCUCAGGAAAUAAAGUCUGCUCAUCGCCUUCUUGUACACAGCUUCUGUGUUAGGUUUUCCAGUCCAGUCUGUUGCAGAUCACUUGUUGGAAGAAUUUAAUUUAUUAUCAUUGCUUCAUGCUGUACUGUCACUUUAAGAAACUGUUUGCUUCUCAUAUUAUAAUCUA